AUGACAACAACGCCACAGCGAAGCAUUACUCCACCAGCUGUCCGACUUCCAUCUAGCUCGUCAGCUAGUAACCUGUUGCCAUGGACCUCCUGGAGCUCUAGCCUGGAAGAUAUUGCGGAUCACCCCCCAUUGAGUGUCACUCCCGGCACGUCGAAAUUUGACCCCUGGAUCGUCAAUCCUGAGGAUACUCAAGAUGACAUCGAUACCACAACGGAGAAACUCCCAGAUAACGUCGCGCUGCCUUGGUUAAUGGGGAAGGAGUAUAUGUCGACGUUCCUUCUUCAUCACGCUGUGUUGAAAGUUUCAGUGGGAUUUAUGGGAGGUAGGUUACACAAACGAUUUGUGUCAACAGCAUGCCCCGACCCGUUCUGCGGUGCGAAUGGACCUGCACCUGAAAAUUGUGUUGCUGUAUUCUGCACAUCCAGUAAUGCAGGCGCCGCCAUUCAACACUACCAUAUCCCUGCCAAAGAUCUCAGCCCAGCCCAUCCAUGCAAAAAAAACCAACGGGUUUUUGUUCUGGAUGGAGAAUAUUGCGGUCAUAUCUUUACUGUCAGAAGGUGUAAUGUCAAGAAGAAUACUGUUGAGGUUACGACUUCGCCUACGACUUAUAUUACUCUUGCUUUCGAGCAGAUAUGUCUUAUCGAACAGGCGCGUUGA